AUGAAUCAUCAUUGUACCAAGUUUUCUGGCCACUGGAAGAUUAUAGUAUAUGAUGAGGAGUGUUUCCAGGGUCGCCAUCAUGAGUUUACCUCUGAGUGUUGGAAUGUUAUGGAUUUUGGCUUUGAGAGUGUCCGCUCUCUGAGGGUAGAAAGUGGAGCGUGGGUGGGCUAUGAGCACCCCUCUUUUCAGGGCCAGCAGUUUGUGCUUGAGCGUGGUGAGUACCCUCAGUGUGAUGCCUUUGGAGGAAGCAACGCUUAUCAUAUUGAGAGGAUGACCUCCUUCAGGCCAAUCUCUUGCAUUAACCACAGGGAGAGCAGGAUGACAAUCUAUGAGAGGGAGAACUACCUGGGUCGCAAGGGGGAGCUAAAUGAUGACUACCCCUCAUUGCAGGCAAUGGGCUGGUGCCACAAUGAAGUAGGCUCCAUGCGCAUCCACUCUGGAGCGUUUGUGUGUUACCAGUAUCCUGGAUACCGUGGAUAUCAGUACAUCAUGGAAUGUGACCGCCAUGCAGGGGAGUACAAACAUUUCAGGGAGUUCGGGUCCCACUGUCAGACUCCUCAGAUCCAGUCCAUCCGCCGCAUCCAGCAGUAA